CGUUACAUAUAGCUCAAUAACUUGCGAGCAAGAGGUCAGCGUGUUUUUCGACUAUACCUGAGUACUUUCGUACUGAUAUUACUAUUUUAGUCAGCCUUUUCUUGGGCGAAGUUACUUUUUACAAAACGACAUUCCGUGACGCCGUUUUAUUUCAACGAAGCAUAAAACGCAAAGGAUUUAUUCAUAAAUCUACGAAUCUAUACAACGUAUUUUGACAUUACUUCAACGGAUUUAUACAACUAAUACAAAAAUGUCAACUUUCUACUACUGUCUUUUGGUUUUCGUCAUUUUGUCAGUUACUUCAAUUCAGACAUCCAUGGCAAAAGAUUGUUCUAAACCAUGUCCGAAAUGCCCAAGUGUUACAAAAUGCGCUUUUGGAGUGAGCAUAGUUCCGGACGAGUGUGGAUGCUGCAAAACAUGCGCCAAACAACUCUAUGAAUCUUGCGAUGCUUCCAACCCAUGCGAUCACCACAAAAACUUAUACUGCAGCUUUGGCGAUGUUGACGACACUGCUGGAGUUUGUGUUGCAAAACCUGGACGCUCAUGUUUUCUCAAUGGUAAAGUGUAUCUCAACGGCGAAUCAUUUUCACCAAGCUGCAAAGUUCACUGUACCUGUAUUGAUUCAGACUUCGGAUGCAUGCCACGAUGUCCUGUUAGUGCAAAAAUUCCUCCGAAUUGCGAACAUCCUCGUCUUGUUCUUAAACCUGGUAAAUGUUGCGAAGAAUGGAUUUGUAUGAAGAGCAGCAGAAAAUCUGUUAUGCCAAAAAUUAACCGACAAAUAAAGUCGAACGAAUCGCGACAUGGAAAACACAGUCCACGACCCGCAGUAUUUAACUUUGCUGCCGCUCGUCGUCAACCCGAGGUUUCUCUUGCCAUCCGCGGGGAAUGCAUGGUACAGACUACUCAAUGGUCUGCUUGCUCCAAAUCAUGCGGUUGGGGCGUUUCGGAAAGAGUGACAAACGAUAAUAAAGCUUGUAAAUUGAUGAAAGAAACUCGCCUAUGUCAAAUUCGCCCUUGUGGCGAAGAUUAUACAGCACGUGUGAAGAAAGGAAAGAAAUGCAUAAGAUCACCAAAAGCAACAAAACCCGUUCGAUACUCCUUUUCCGGAUGUAAAACUAAAGUCUACACACCAAAAUAUUGCGGACAAUGUGUUGAUGGGAGAUGUUGCACACCCGAGCGUACAAAAACUGUCACUGUCACAUUCCAUUGCGACGACGGCUUCAGUUUUAAGAAGCGAAUGAUGCAGAUUAAAUCUUGCUCUUGUCAUCGUAAAUGUGGAAGUUCGGACAAUGAUAUAUUUAAUUCUUAUCGACAAAUUACGAAGGGAGACGACAAAGUGUGAAAAUACAUAUUCUGCAAUGUAUUUUGCUUUACUUUGUCCGAAACGAGUCUAAAUUUAUCGACCAUAAAGGCGAUCAAGCGUAUAGACGAAAUACCGACUGUUGAAUGAGAACGGAUGCUGCUAAAGAUGAUUAUACUGUGAGGCGAGAACUUAUUGACGAUAUUCUUAAAACGCGGCGUCAUUGUUGUGGUAGAGUUUGAUCUACCUCACAUAAAAGCGAUGACUAAGUGCCUAAAAUCCACUGUAACUUUGAAAUAGAUUCCAGAAACAACAGAGAGAAACCUCCGGCAAACUCUUUUCCGUAUUUGGUUAUAAUUACCCUCCAGCGGUUUUGGAAAUAUCUCAAAUGAGUCUAUUCGUCUGAUUUUGAUAUAUUCCGUACCGGUAUGAAUAGAAACCUGAGUCAUUAGAUCACCUUUCAAUCGAAUAUGGAUGAAAGUUUCAAUCCGUUCGGUCGGUUAAUAGAAAAGUGGUUUACCCCUUUUUUAUCUUACUAUUUAUUAUCCUUAUUUUAUUUUCUCUUUUUCCAUUUUAUUAUAUACAUUAUUUAUUUCUAUUUUUAUACACAGUGACCGAUAGUGCUGUUUAACAGUACUUCUUUGUCCGUGACCAGUAGCCGAACUAUUUUAAAUGCCCUUGUCUUCGAUAACAGGCGACUGCCCUUACGUAAAGUAGUGCGUUUUUCAAACUUAUAUUUAGAAAUUACGUUUUGUUUCCUUUUCUUACAGAAUACGUAAAACAAAAAAUACGUAAACCAGCGUAAUCAAUGAAUGUUCGUUGUAAACAGCCCUAAUCCACCCUCACUGCCGAAAUGCGAAGAUCCUUAUCUAUGUUUACGAGCGCGCUAAAAACAUUCUUUUAAAUCUUUACGCGUGGAUACCCAAUACAGCAAAUCGUCACCACUCCCCGUCAUUAGACGUUUCUUCGCUUGUGACGGAAUGGUGGUUUACUCGAAUGCUUGCGUGCGAAUCGUUCAAUGUCACUCAAACUUAUAUAGCGGGAUGGGCUUAGUGUGCUAGACUAUUUGCUUUGUUUCAUAUUCGCGUUAUCGUUUCAUGCGUGAAUUCAAUUAUGUUUAGAUUCUUCACUGGCCAUACAUAUACUUUCUAUUUAUUCUCAUUCUAGAAUGGGAAAAUCUCUCGUUUCGAUUGGGGUUGGUUUCCACCAUAUAUAUCACUGUGCUUUUUCUUCAGACCUGCUCUGUGUUAUUGAUUUCUAGUGUUUUGUGACCUAAUAUGGGGUCAUUGAUGUAACAAUAUGUUAGAUUUGGAACAAGAGAUCAAUCGAAUGAAUUAUUUCCGACAUUCCACCCAAAUUUCGUUGGCUUGUCCAUAUACGACUUGUUCAAAACGUUGUUUUGACAAAAUAUGUUUACCCUUAUUGUUAUCCAAUAAUCUUUAAGGUGCUUCAUGGCGCCUCACACGAAACUAUUUUUGUUAGAAUGCGUAAUUUAUCGCAUUGCAUGUUCACGUUUAUUGUACAAUCGUAGCCUCACUCUUCAUUAACUCUUGAUGUUCCUUAACACCGCAAAAGAUUGUAUAUGGUAGUUGUAGAUAGUGACAUAGUCAUAGCGAUAAAGUAGUGUAGUUUGACCAUGUUUUAACCGUGUUAAAACAGUUAGUGUGUUUAUUAUUAUUCUCAACUCAAUUCCUUUGUAUUGUUUUUUGAUAAUGCCAAAUAUUUGGCAGAACUAUGCUGUAUUUAUUUUUUACCAUUUCAUCCAUUGGCCGAUGGGUUUUACUUAUUCAACCAUCGAAUUUAUUUAUUGUGAUUUUUUUUAAUAAAGUACUUCGACGUGGAA